AUGAGGCUAGAUAUUCCCCUUCACACCCUCGAAACCGUUCAUCCAGCGUCCCCGACCUCAACCCCUACCUUGCACCAAUUACCGAUACUCUUUACGAACACAUUCAACACAGAAAUAAAGGAGUGGAGGCACAAAUUGAAGGGGGGCAGUACGGGAUUUGCAGGUAACACCACCUAUUCCCUUCCUUCAUCGACCCUUCGUGAUUAUGAAAAAGUGUGCUUGCAGUCUUCGGACCCUAUUCCACCGGUCAUUCCACUGCAUAAAGACGUCUUUAUUCGACGGUCGGAACGUCUUGCAGCGAAGCAUGCCCUUGAAACCCAUAAGCUUCAGGUAGAAGAAUCCUCUAUCCUUAUGGCGCAUGCUGUUCUUCCUGCGGCAGACGAAACAUUGCCCUCUCGACCCGGCGACCCUUUCACCCCGGACACCUGGACUGAGGCCAUGGCUUGCCCUGAUAAGGCUAAAUGGCUUCAAGCUGCACACAAGGAGUUGAAGAAUCAUCUAUCUAAUGGAACCUGGCGCAUCAUCGACCGCGAACGCAACAAGAAACCCCUCACCUUACGCUGGGUCUUCCGUGUCAAGGAUGACGGCACAUACAAGGCUAGGCUGGUAGUUCGUGGCUUCCAACAGGUUCCAGGCCGGGAUUUCCUCGAUGUCUAUGCCCAUUUCCAACUUACCGACAAUGGUGUUGUGAAGCGUUUUCUGGCAAUAGAUAUCGUACGCCUCGCUGGCGACGUCUAUCUCUCGCAGGAAGCCUAUAUCGACAAGAUUCUGUCUCGGUUCACCUUCUCUUCUGUCAAACCCGUUCCCACGCCAUUCAAUGAGAAAGAGGUCCUUCCCCCUUACGACUCCAGUGCCCAGGCCACCCCUCAGAUGGUACAGCUUUACCAAGAACAAGUUGGUUCGCUGGUGUGGGUGGUGGUGUCCACUAGGCCUGACGUCUCGUGGGCAGUCUGCAAGCUUGCGAAGUACUCACACAACCCAGCUUCCCUGCACUUCCAGGCUGUCAAACGUGUCUUCCGGUAUCUGAAAGGCUCCAAACGUCUAUGCCUUCAUUUCUCCCCGCAUCCUGCAGUCGGUCUAGCCUUGUUCGCCUACGUGGAUGCCUCAUGGGCAAGCCCGCACGACGACAAUCGGCUUUCGACCACCGGCUAUGUCUUUAUGCUAGCCGGCGCCGCAAUCAUCUGGCAAUCAAAGAGGCAAACCCUUGUCACCCUCUCUUCCACGGAGGCUGAAUACGUUGCGGCUUGCCUCUGCUGCCAAGAUUUAUCCUGGAUUCAACUCAUGCUUGCUGAACUGGGUCAUCAAGCCCUCGUGCCCAGACCGACAGUCAUUCAUGAGGAUAAUCAGGGCACCAUUGCCCUGGCAUCAUCGGACAAAUUCACCACCCGCUCAAAGCACAUUGAUGUCAAAUAUCACUAUGUUCGGGAGAAGACUGCGUCCAAUGACUGCCUCUUCCAAUACGUCCCCACUGCGGAACAGGCUGCCGAUGGCCUCACCAAACCACUUGCAUCGACCCUCUUUCAGCGGUUCGUGAAGCAAUUGGGACUGUAUGCAGUUCCGCAGCCCACCUGA